AAGCCACCAUUCAAACAGGUCUGGCCUCCCAGAUCAGGUUUCACUGCGGGGUGGAGCUCUGGAAAAGUUUUAGAUAAAGACUGGCCUGAAAACAUUCGGAGAGCUUCUUCACACUCGUUCAGGGGACACAAUACAGCGUUAUUGCGCAAAAUGUUUCGUUGUGGAAUCGACUAUCCGAGGUGCAGGUGGAUCCUGCCUCUGCUUCUGCUGUUUGCGAUUAUUUUCGACAUCAUCGCCAUCGCAGCGCAGUCUGGAUGGGUGGAGGACGAGAACGCCAGGACGCACUACGCCAGCAUGUGGAGGCAGUGCCGAGGCCGCAGCGACCAGUGGGAGUGUAAAUCACUCAUGGAGUUCCCAUGGGCCCAAGCCGUCGCUGCUCUGAUGAUCAUAGGCCUCAUCAUCCUCAUCAUCGCCUUCAUCAUCUCUUUUGUGGCUCUCUGCUGUAGCCUCAACAUCCCUCUGCUGCCUGUAGUCGGAAGCUUCCUUAUUUUGGCUGUUAUCAUCCAGAUAAUCGCUCUGAUCAUCUACCCCGUCAAGUUCAACGAGCUGAUCUAUGAAGGUUAUUACGACUACACGUGGGCAUACGGCUUCGGCUGGGGGGCCACUAUCCUGAUGCUGGGCUGCGGGAUCCUCUUCUGCUGUCUUCCUCACUACGACGAUGAGCUUUCCGGCAUGGCCAAGACCAAAUACAUCUACACCUCUGCCUGAAACCCCAAAUACUCCACCUCUCAGAAAGGACAAUGUUAAGCCACCCAAGCCUAAAAGGCCAUACAAACAUAGGACCAUACUGACUUUGAAGAGGUCUGUCCGUGCCCUUUUGUCUAACUUUUGGGACUAAUGCAAUUCACUUUUAAUAAUUUUUUUAUUAAUUAGAAUCAUUAACAAACAGACUUUGAUGUUUUUAAUGUCACUCAGCACAGAUUGAACUCCUCAAAACAUUAUUCCAAAUCUCCAUAUUAGACUGUUUACAGCGUCCUUCACAUAUUACAUGUAAAUAUAAUUAAUUCCAGUAAGUAAUCACAUUAAUACAACUCAGAAAAUAAUUAGGUGCGUGUAGUUUGCUUAAGAAUUUACACUGUAACAUGAACACUGCGAUUUAAAGUGUGACUGAGUUUUGUUAUUUGUAUAUUUCUUGAACAUCUCUACAUAUCAACAUUAAGGAAAUAUUUUUAUGAGGUAACAUGUAUUUUUACAUUAAUGUCAGCCUGUUCUUGUUUAGCACAGUAUGCUCGAUUGCACACUUCCCUAAAGUGCUCUUACCGUCAGCGAAGAGCGCUUGGCUGGCCGAAGUGAAGUGAACGUGAACUAAGAGGGGUUUUUCCUAAUCGUAAGCUUGGUUUUACAGUAAAAUUGGUGAGCAAGUGGAUAAAAAUGCAAAACGCAGCAAUCUGAUGUUUUUCUGUUUUCGACAUUUCUGUUGAUGCAUUCAAGCUGCGAUCAUUUAAUUUCAAUUAGUCCGUUUGAUGUGUACGUGGACAAAAUGUAUAAAAAGCACUUGGCUUGUAAACUUCACAAAAUUGUAGUGUUUUUUGAGUAUUUUACUAGAUUAUAUUGUUUUGUUUUUUCACUUUGCCAUUAGCGGUUCUUUUGUUAUAUGAAUAUGAAUACCAAUCUUCAAUAAAAGGGAGCCUUGCUGUUAAGACACCAA